GCAUUUUCUCCAUAGAUACUGUAUUGAAUGAAGAAAGACUGAACUUUUUACAGGUGCUUUAUAUAAAAGGCAUCUGUGGAGUAGUGCUACAGUUUUAAUAAAAGAUUUUACAUUAUGAGCUCCCUGAUUAUUCUACAGUCUCACUAUUUGGGGAAAGUUCAUGCUGAAAAAGUGAAGCAAGUACUAGAUAAAUAUGAUCAGAUUUCUCCACCAAGUCCUCAGAUUGACAAAGAGAAUUCCUUUAUGUCAACCUAAUGAAGCAUUCAAAGUCAUAUGACUCUUUUCAAGACGAACUUGAAGAUUAUAUUAAAGUGCAGAAAGCCAGAGGUUUAGAGCCAAAGACUUGUUUCAGAAAGAUGAGAGAGGACUGUUUGGAAAGCUGUGGGUACAGGGAAGAAGUUGAUUCCAGACCCAGGUAUAGAAUGUUUGAUCAAAGACUCCCAUCUGGAACCAUCCAAACCUACCCAAGAUCACGUAAUACCUCACAGACAGAAAACCGGUUUCCUCAGCGGUUCCCAACUUAUGACAAUAGGCCAAGACUAGAGUCUCUGAGUUACUGGCAGUUCCCCGGGAACUGUUUCUCAGAAAAGCCAGCACCCCUGAACCUCAGUAAGCAAGAAUAUAAUCAUGGUUCAGCCAGUGUAGAAUCUAGAGGUCCUGAGCACCUCUUCUCGGGAUCCAGGACUGGUACCCAUCAAGCCAGUCAUCAGAAGAAAAGAAGGCAUUCAGAGGAAGGCAAAGAAAAACCAAAGAAGGAGCGGCCCAAGCAUAAAAGGAAAAGAAAUCCUGAGGAAGUGCAUUUAGAAGAACCUGAGAGCGUCCAAAGAAGAAAAACUGAGGUAGAAAUAGAAACUGCCCAGGUCAGCACAGAAAAGCUUAAGCAUCGGAAGGAGAAAAAAAGAGAUGUAGCCUCUCAGAAGCGUAGAAAAGAGAAAAAGGAACAAGGCAAAGAAAGAACAGAGGAAGAAAUGCUUUGGGACCAGUCUAUCCUUGGAUUUUGAACCUCUUCAGUUGAUUCUCCUGAGGUUAAAUUGGAAAAAAAAAAUAGUUAAGGAGCUUCGUUUUGUGAUAUUCAUGUUCACAUCACUUAUAUGAACAGGUACUUUAAUUCUCACAAAGGCCUGGUGAACAUGAAGUAUUUAGUAUGCUUGCUCUCCAACAUGGAAAUUGCUUUUCCUCAUUUUCUAAAAAUAUUAUUACAUUUUUCUUACAUUUAAUACAAUUUCCCUCUAGGAGAGUGGCUCUCGUUUACUCAAAUUGCCAUGAUGGUGGAAUUAUUUUCCUUUGAGAGAUAAUUUAUUUUAAAUUGGAGGAUUAAUAGGCUUUGUAGAAUCUGUUUCUAGAUUGAAUUUGUUUUAGCUUUGAGUUGGGUAUUUUUAUGUUUAUUGGUUUUCUCUAUGAAGCAGUUCAGAUUUUUUUUCCCUCUUGUUAACUUGCAGUAUAUUUUCUAGAUUGUAAGUGGAAAAUGAA